CUGUGCUGUACAGGUAUAAUAAAUCUCCGGAGGGAAGAUGACAAAGAAAAUCGAUUGCGGCAAACUACCCCGAUUUACAGCCAGGAAGUAAGAGAGCGGAGAGUGAUCAGAAAAAAACGGAAAGAAGAAAAAAUCUCCCAGGAAACAGGACAGGACUAAUGGCUGGCAUUAGUUUUUAAUACUUAUAUAGCAUUGUAAGACAGAAAGAAAAAACCCAACAGUUAUACGUAUAUUGUUGGAAGGUAAUACUGUGAGGAAAAGGAGUAAAACGGUUCUACGGGUUUUAUUCAGACGAUCGUGUUUGGGGGUGAAGCACGGAUAGAAAGAAAACAAGAAGUGAGGAUAGAUUGACAGAAGAACAGAUACAUUAGUAUCGGAGUGAUGACGUAAUGACGGAGUGAAAGAGGGGAGAAACACGUGUAAAAAGGUAAAUGUUGACAGAUUUCAGAAGUUUGAGUGCCCGCCAUCUCAUCUGGGAUUUAAUGAUGAACAAAUACUGUAUCUGACAAUGAAAUCCACACUGACAGGAAGUUGUUAUCACGUGAUCUUAAUCAUCACCGUCAUCUAUGACGUAAUAGGAUCUCCCAUCAAACACAUUCUACACGACUAUCAACCGGUUUACUAUGACCAUAACAUACUCAAACAGCAGCAUGAGCGCAUGCGCAGGUCGCUUAUCAAUACAAUGGACUUUGAGUUCGGUACACACAACAGACAAUUCAAAGUGAGGCUAAAAAGAGACAAUCAUGUGUUCCACCCUGACGUCAUCAUCGAAUCUAGUCACGGUCCAUUGGAGAUGGAUACGUCAUUUCUAUACACCGGUAUUCUUCAAGGUGAACGUUCUCGAGUCUUUGGAAUUGUCAACCCUGAAGGCCAUUUCCAAGGUCAAAUUCAAACUGAGGGUGUGACUUAUUUUGUGGAGCCCUCGUCUCAAUAUUUCAAACAACCACAAGAGUUUCAUUCCAUCAUAUACACAACCGAUGACGUCAACUUUAACACGUCGUCAUUUUGCAACGCCGACGGUAUUAGACAGAGUGUCAUGAACAAAAUUCCUUUAGACGAUCGUCACGAGGAAUCCAACCAAUGGAAACACAGAUAUUCAUUUGAUGCGAACCUACCGGAACACCGCCGGAAGAGGGCGAUAGUUCCGGCAAAGACUGUGUGUACAUUGUACAUGCAGGCGGAUCAUACGUUUUAUCAGAAGUACGGCAGCAAUGUGGACACGGUGGUCGCUCAGCUUGGGGCUUAUGUUCAGGCUGCCAACGAUAUAUUCAGACCCAUAGAUUUUGAUUCGGAUAGUAGCGCAGACAACAUUGCUUUCCUCGUCAAGAGGUUGAAAGUAUACACGGACCCAAACGCUGCGGGGUACAAAUUCAAUGGUCACUACAGUGUGGAGAAGUUCCUUGAUCUGCACUCAACAAAUAACUACGAUGAUUAUUGCCUGUCCUAUAUGUUCGCAGACCGUGACUUCGAUGGGGGAGUUCUCGGUCUCGCAUGGGUGGCUUCCUUGUCAAAAGCCGGUGGCGUGUGUGAAAUAUAUCGAAGUUACAGUGGAGAGUCGAAGAGUCUAAACACCGGAAUUGUGACGGUCAAGAAUUACGGAGCCGAAGUAGCUUCUGUUGUGACGCAGGUGACCUUUGCCCAUGAAAUAGGUCACAACUUCGGAUCAGAGCAUGAUACAGAUGGCACCACGUGUGCUCCUGGUGGAUCGGACGGAAAUUACAUCAUGUAUGCGCACGCAACAUCCGGAAAUCUACUAAACAACAACAAAUUUUCUUCCUGUAGUAUCAACCAAAUGGCGCCGAUUAUUGAAAACAAAUGUCGGACUUCUACGGGGUGUUUUAUAGAACCAGUUGGUUACGUCUGCGGAAAUAAGAUCGUGGAGAGCCCGGAUGAAGAGUGUGACUGUGGCUGGGACGAGGAAUGCACGGAGACGUGUUGUAACAAAGCGGGAACCUCGAAUGAAUGUAAAUACACAGGCAGUACAUCGGGAUUCUGCAGUCCCAGUGAGGGGCCGUGUUGUGGCGCCAACUGUCAGAAGAAGACUUCCGGUGUGUGUCGGGGGAAUACGUCAUGUCUGGCUACAGCCGAGUGUGAUGGUUCGAGUGUCACUUGCCCGUCAUCAGCACCGGAACCUAAUGGUACCGCAUGCGCAAACGGACAAGUUUGCUAUCUAGGUGAGUGCUCAGCCUCCGUGUGUCUGGCCAAGGGUUACCUCUCCUGUCAGUGCCCGGGGUCCGGGUGGAAGGACGCCAACCUGUGCCGCCUCUGUUGUCUGGUCAACGACACGUGCAGCUUCGCGGGGGAUAUCCCUGAUCUGACAGAGGCCAAGGCGUUCACGGGGGCGCCCUGUAACAACUUUAAGGGCUACUGUGACGUGUUUCACGUCUGUCGUGAGGUAGACCCAACCGGCCCCCUCAGUAACAUCAGGAAGCUGUUACUGUCCGGGGACAUCAUCAACACGGUCAAACAGUUCCUGACGGAGAAGUGGUGGGUGGCCGUACUGGGGGCGGUGGGACUGUUCAUCAUUAUGGGAAUUUUUAUUAAGGUCUGUGGGAAAAGUCAUGGACCGAAAGAAAAGAAGUCCGGCGGAGGAAAAGGGGGAAAACCGAAUCGCGUCCGUCCUAUGCCUCGAGAGAGUCAUAUGUAAACACGUAUUACUCCGCCUGUUUCAGAAAUUGAUAUCUGAUCCUCAGCAAUGUCCGAUAACUCUUAAAUAUCCUGUGAAUUAUUUGAUAACUUUGUGUAUAUUUAAUGGUUUUAUUUUGAAAAAAAAAAUAUUUUAAACAAUUUGUGUUUUAUUAUACGAUGUAUACUGAAUAUAUGACUAAUAUAUGUCAGAGAGAACUACAACACUGUGAACGUGUGAUGAUCAGAGAACCCAUGGAACCGUUUUCACUGUUUACCAUCAUAACAUCGCGUUCAUUCUUUUCUAAUAUUUCUCAUAUCAUUGACCUUCAAAUUUGCAUACCAUUGACCUCCAAAUUUGCAUAUAAUUGAAAUAAGCAUUUGCAUAGCAUUGGUUCCUAUUUGUGUAUAAUAAUUAAUGGAUGUAAGAUGACGUUGACGAACCUUUAGCAUGCAUAAUGUACAUGUAUUCAAACAUUCUGUGAUAUGAAAUGUUUCCUAGACCAUCUAGGUGUAUAUAGAUAUUUUUCUUAAUCGAUUUUAGUUUGUGUUCUUUCGUCUCUCCGUCCAAGUUAUUGAAAAAUGUAUUUUUUCAAAGGCAUAUUAUAUUACUUUUGCUUUUUUAAAAGAAAAAAAAAGAGUGCUAUAUUUAUUAUGCUUUUUUUUCUUGAAUGUUUUUGAAGAAUGCGAUUUUUGCAUAGCUUUCUGUUAAAUGAUAAAUGUUACAGCUUUUUAAUGGAGAAAACUGAAUUGUCAUCAUAUUAUCUAUUUAUAUCACAUCUUUAGCCAUAAAUUGCUAUCUAGUAAAGAAAAGUUCUAAGCAUUUUACUUUUUAAAGUUUUGUUGCUCUCCUAUAUCUUUAUACAGAUCCAUUCUCUUAGAGAAAAAUAAUACAGUUCUAUAAUGAACACAGUCAGUAUGGUUUAUGGUUUUUUUUUAGUAUUGUCCAUCAAUUUUUUUAGUCCCGGCACACGUUUUAUAAAUAUCAAAUAUUAUUGAUUUAUUGUGAUAGCUUUUUAAUAAAAACGAAGUAUUGUAAACAUAUACUUACAAUAUUUAAGCUUUUAAUGUCGUUGAUUGAUUUUUUUUUCUAUCAAAAUCAAAUAUUUGACUUAAGUUAGUAAGUAAUUUAACGUACUGUAUUACCCAAAAUGAGGAAAAAAGAUUUUUGCAAUAAAAAUAUAUUUAAUUUU